GAGGAGAGCAGGAAGACAGUUCACAAGUUGAGCCAAGCUUGCAUAGAGGCACUGAGGCUGUGCCUGGCAAUAUUCGAGUGACUGGAGAUUCAAGAUCAAUAUGGCCAUGCCAGAGAAAUCAAGUUGUACCAAAUCAAGCAAGGAUUUCAGUCAUUUUCCCGAGAUUGUUGAACUCAAUGUGGGUGGUCAGGUGUACAUCACUCGCUAUCCUACUUUGGUCAGUGUUCCUGGCUCCCUGCUCUGGGAAAUGUUCAGUGAAAAGAAUCCUUGCUCCCUAAUCCAGGACAACAAAGGGAGGUUUUUUGUAGACCGGGAUGGUUUCCUCUUUCGCUAUGUGCUAGACUACAUGAGGGACCGGAAACUAGUGCUUCCUGACCACUUUCCAGAGUGUGGUCGGCUCCAGAGAGAAGCAGAAUACUUCAAGCUACCAGAGUUAGUGAAGAUGUUGGCUCCGAAAAUCAACAUGAUCAACUCAGUUGCCAAUGAUUUAUGCCAAAGUGAUCUAGAAGAGCUUUCCACCAACAUUGACAUCGCCUGUAAUCUCUCUUCAAGUAAUAACAUCCAAGUUAGUGGCCCUGAUAACCCCCCAGCUCUGACAGCAAAUACUGGCUCUGACCUCAAGAAGGCAGGUUUCAUCACUAUUGGCUAUCGAGGCUCCUAUACUCUGGGUCGGGAUAGCCAAACAGAUGCCAAAUUCCGCCGCGUGGCCCGAAUCAUGGUGUGUGGUAAGAUCUCAUUGGCCAAAGAAGUAUUUGGAGAUACUCUGAAUGAGAGCAGAGACCCUGACCGUCCUCCUGAGCGGUACACUUCUCGAUAUUACCUCAAGUUUAACUUUCUGGAACAAGCCUUUGACAAACUAGCUGAUGCUGGCUUUCACAUGGUAGCAUGCAAUUCCACUGGCACCUGCACUAUCACCCAUGACCAGACAGAUGACAAGAUCUGGACCUCUUACACUGAAUAUGUUUUCUGCCGGGAGUGACACUUAAAAGAAAUCACCCAGAAAAUACAAACCAAACAGCGAACUCUCUCUCUCUCUCUCUCUCUCUCUCUCUCUCUCUCUCUCCUCUGUUCCUGUGCAGCUAUACCUUUUAGAAAUAAACAGAUUAAUUUUGGAUCUACAAAUCUUGGACAAUGCCAUUCUCUUCACCGUAACCAUUUGAACUUUUGUUGGUAACUUCCUUCUUACACAUUCCAUCCUAUCUGGCUUCCAACCGGCCUUGGAUUGUGGAGUUGGAUGUCAUUUCAUGGAAAGUAUUCAAUGCGUAGGCAUAUGUGCAUGUACAUCACUGUAAAUAGUAGAGGUGUAUUUCUUGAGUGAAUGCAGUUAGAUAAACCCACAAGAUUUAGUUAGUUAGCUGAGAAAUGCUAAGCCAUGGUUUCCAAACUAGUUCUCAGCACCACAUCUUGGAAUUGCUUAUAUACCUUGCUGUUUGUAUGCUCCUAAAGAAAGCUCCAUGUACACUUGUUCUGAAAUCGA